AUGACAACCCUAGGCUUCCAGGGCCAGGGGAGAGUGGGAUGGUUACCCCCUGCCCUGGGAGGGGGUGGGGCCGCAUCCAGCUGCCCAGCUGUCCAGGAGGGCUCUGUCCCACCUCCCACCCAGCUAGUCGACCCAAGUCCCGAAGUCGACCCGCCCGCGAUGUCCAAAGCAGCUCCCGCCAAAAAACCAGCGGCUGCGGCCCCGCCUCCGGGAUGUACCCUGGAUAUCAACGACCCCCAGGUCCAGAGAGCAGCCAUUCGCAUCCAGGCCUCUUACCGGGGCCACAGGGGAAAGCCGUUAUGGACCGAAUGGGGGAGGGGGCGAGGAAUUUGGUGCCGGCGGUCCAGAGCCGUGUCGUGGGACCUCUGGGCCCUGAGCCGGCUCUCUGAUAGGUCCCGGAAGGAGCUUCGCGAGAAGGGGCCACCACGAGUGCUGGAGCCACUGAAGGACGUGGUGCUGAUCGAGGGCAGCGCGGCCAAGCUGACUUGCCGCAUUUCGGCUUUCCCGGACCCAUUCAUCCGCUGGAGCAAGGACGGCAAGGAGCUGCGUGACGGGCCCAAGUAUCGUUACGUUUUCGAGGACCCUGACGUGGUCGCCCUGGUGGUGCGCGACGGCGAGCUGGCAGACCUGGGCCAGUACAGCAUCAACGUAACCAACCCCUUCGGCCAGUGCUCCGACUCGGCGCGCAUCCUGGUGGAAGUCCCUGCGAAGAUUCAAAAGGGACCGGAUAACACUAAGGCGCGCAAAGGCGCCACGGUGACGCUGACUGCGGAGAUCAUGGGCGAGCCUGCACCCGACGUGGGCUGGACCAAGGACGGGGAGGACAUCGAGGAGGAUGACAGGGUGUUCUUCGAGAUCGGCAGUACCACCACGACGCUGACCAUCCGCCGGGCCACGCCCGAGGACAGCGGCAAGUACGAGGUGUACGUGGAGAACAGCUUGGGCAUGGACCAGAGCUUCGCACGAGUGGACGUGGCCUGAAAGGAACGCUCGGACCUUUCGCCCUGGCUCCAAGCCCCGGGGUGGGUGGGACCGACAACCCUCCUCCAUCUUGCUUAAUAAAGCUGCUCUCUCUGA